AGUGAUAGUGCCAAACCUGGUGUCCUUGUGAAGCUCAGCUUAAACUCUGCAAAUCAUGUUUAAGGAAUUGAAGUAGUGCUGUAGCAGUGCAUAUUACAAGGAAGAGGUUAUGGGAAAUCUGUGAAAGACUAAACCCCUCAUUAUUUUUCCACUGAUGAAGAAAGCAAACCCAGAACAGUGAGUCUUGUUAUUUCAUGACUGAAAACCACGAAACUGUUCACAAAGAUGGUGGAAGAAAAUUAUAGGAUGAAGGAAAGCAAUUGGAAUAUAAAUAGCUCCUAGAAAGAACAUCUAUCAGCUGAAAGCAAAAUGAAGAUCUUUCUGUUGCUUUCUGCCCUUGGGUUCUGCUGGGCACAGUAUUGCCCACAUACCAAAGAGGGACGCACAUCUAUUGUCCACCUGUUUGAAUGGCGCUGGGUUGAUAUUGCCAAGGAAUGUGAGCGAUACCUGGCUCCCAAUGGAUUUGGAGGAGUUCAGGUCUCUCCACCCAGUGAGAACGUUGUAGUUACCGACCCUUUUAGACCUUGGUGGGAAAGAUACCAACCGAUUAGUUAUAAAAUAUGCACCAGAUCUGGAAAUGAAGAUGAAUUCAGAGACAUGGUGAAGAGAUGCAACAAUGUCGGUGUCCGUAUUUAUGUGGAUGCUGUAAUUAAUCAUAUGUGUGGUGACAGUCGAGGUGAAGGAACACACAGUACCUGUGGGAGUUACUUCAAUGCUCAAACCAGGGAUUUUCCAGCUGUCCCAUACUCUGCAUGGGAUUUUAAUGAUGGUAAAUGUAAAAGUGGAAGUGGAACAAUUGAGAGCUAUCAAGACAUUUAUCAGGUCAGAGAUUGUCGUCUGACUGGUCUUCUUGAUCUUGCAUUGGAAAAAGAUUAUGUGCGUUCCACUCUUGCCGCGUACUUGAACCGUCUCAUUGACAUUGGUGUCGCAGGGUUCAGACUGGAUGCGUGUAAGCAUAUGUGGCCUGGAGACAUAAAGGCGGUUUUGGAAAAGCUGAACUAUCUAAACACAACGUGGUUCUGUCCAGGAAGUAAACCUUUCAUUUACCAAGAGGUGAUUGAUCUGGGUGGUGAGCCAAUUACAAGUAGUGAGUACUUUGAAAAUGGCCGUGUGACAGAAUUCAAGUAUGGUGCAAAACUAGGCACAGUUAUUCGCCGGUGGAAUGGAGAGAAGAUGUCUUACCUAAAGAACUGGGGAGAAGGCUGGGGAUUUAUGCCUUCUGACAGAGCACUUGUCUUUGUGGAUAACCACGACAAUCAACGAGGACAUGGAGCUGGAGGAGCAUCUAUUCUUACAUUCUGGGAUGCUAGAUUGUAUAAAAUGGCAGUUGGAUUUAUGCUUGCUCAUCCAUAUGGAGUCACACGAGUAAUGUCAAGCUACCGGUGGUCAAGAAAUAUUGUGAAUGGACAAGAUACUAACGAUUGGAUGGGACCACCAAACGAUAAUGGUGUAACUAAGGAAGUAACUAUUAACCCAGACACUACUUGUGGCAAUGACUGGGUUUGUGAGCAUCGGUGGCGCCAAAUAAGGAACAUGGUCAUUUUCCGUAAUGUAGUGGAUUGCCAGCCUUUCAGUAACUGGUGGGAUAAUGGUAGCAAUCAAGUGGCUUUUGGAAGAGGAAACAAAGGAUUCAUUGUCUUUAACAAUGAUGACUGGUCAUUGUCUUCAACUUUGCAAACUGGUCUUCCUGGUGGCACAUAUUGUGAUGUCAUUUCUGGAGAUAAAAGUGGUAACGGUUGCACAGGAAUUGAAGUCUCUGUUUCCAGUGAUGGCAAAGCUUACUUUUCUAUUAGCAACUCUGCUGAAGAUCCAUUCAUUGCAAUUCAUGUUGGUGCAAAAUUAUAAAAUCCAAAUAAAGUGAAUUCAGCAAAGCAA